AAAAUAUUUUCUACUAUUUUUUAAAUAUGUUAGAAAUUUAAUUUGGAUUUAAUUCGAGAUAAAUUAAGUGACACUAGAAGCAGAAAUAUUUUUAAAUAACUAAAAAAAUAUAAAAAGAUAGAUUUGAAAUAAAAAAUAAAAAUAAAAAAUAUAUUUUAGAUGCUUUGAAAGAUAUAUAUAGGCAAUUAAACCAACAAAAAAAGUAGGCUGGAAAGUCAGGAAAAAUAUCAGUACCUUUUGGAGUUUCAGUUUUUGUAGUUUAGUUUCCCGCCUCGGCAGAAACUCUUAAUUUUUUUUCCUGAGCAUGCAUUGACAUAGGACUUCUUUGGGGCGGGGAGCGACACCAGCUCGAACACGGUGGAGUGGGCGAUGGCGGAGCUGCUCCACAACCCUGCGGUCCUCGCGAAGGCGCGCGCCGAGAUACAGGAGACUUUGGGACCGAAGGAGGAACUCGAGGAAUCCGACGUCGCGCGGCUCCCGUUCCUUCAAGCGGUGGUGAAGGAGACGAUGCGGCUGCACCCGGCGGGACCGCUGAUGCUCCCGCAUAAACCGUCCGAGACGGAGCAGGAAGUCGGGUUCCUGGAGGUGGCGGGGUUCGCGGUGCCGAGCGAGGCGCGGGUGAUGGUGAAUGCGUGGGCGAUCGGGCGGGACCCGGAGGUGUGGGCGGAGGCGGAGGAGUUCCGGCCGGAGCGGUUCCUGGGGGGGCGGGAGGUGGACUUCCGGGGGAAGGACUUGGAGUUUCUGCCGUUCGGCUCCGGCCGGCGGGCGUGCCCCGGGAUGCCGCUCGCCGUGCGGGUGGUGCCGCUCAUGCUCGGCUCCAUCCUCCACGCAUUCGAUUGGCGGCUGCCGUGCGGGAUGCACCCCGUCAACGUCGACCUCUCUGAUAAGUUCGCCGCCACGCUCAUGCUCGCCGUCCCCCUAACGGCCGUCCCCGUGCCGUCGGUGCCGCCCAGAGAACAAUUUGAUUGA